AUGGUGUACCACUAUUCAUCCAUGUACUUCAUACAAGAGAGGAAGAAAUACUUUAUGCUCACUAAGCCCUUUGUCAAAAGGCCAUUUGACAAAGGAAUGAAAAAGAUCAACGAUUUUCUUAAAGACGAUGUUGCCGCCAUUGAACAAAUUAGAAUGGACAAGCGAACUUUUUACAUAUUGUGUGGAAUGUUAAGAACCAUGGUAGGACUUAAAGAUACCAAAAACAUGCUAGUUGAAGAGAUGGUUGCACUUUUCUUGAACAUUUUGGGACAUGAUACAAGGAAUAUGAUGAUUAAGAAUACAAGGCGUCGUUCCCAAGAGACAAUAAGUAGGUUGUUUCAUAAGAAUUGCUUGGGAGCUUUAGAUGGCACAUAUAUGAAGUUGAGACUUCCAGAAGGUGCAAAAACAAAAUAUCGAACAAGAAAAGGUGAACUAGCAACCAAUGUGCUAUUGGUUUGUACGAGGGAUAUGCAAUUUGUCUAUGCUUUGCCAGGCUGGGAAGGGUCUGCUGCUAAUAGUAGGAUCUUAAGGGAUGCUAUUAGUAGGCGUAAUGCCCUAAAAAUUCCAAAUGGGUAUUAUUACCUAGUCGAUACUGGUUAUACCAAUGGUAAUGGACUCUUGGCACCUUACAGAGGACAAAGGUAUCAUCUAAAUGAGUGGAGGGAAGGACGUCAACCAGUGACAAAAAAGGAAUUCUUUAAUAUGAAACACUCUGCACCAAGGAAUAUAAUUGAAAAGUGCAUUGGAUUGCUAAAAAUGCGAGAGAUGAGGUUUGAUCCGAUUGAAGCUCAGCUUGAUACAGAAUUUGGGCAAGCUUUUCUAAAUGAUUAUGAGCACGGAGAACACAUAGGAAUUGUUGAGCCUUCAAAUGAGUGGACUGCUUGGAGGGAUCAACUUGCAAAUGAGAUGUUCAAUACUUGGAGAGCUAAUAGAGAGUACUUUAUUUGUACUGAAUUAUACGACAAUCAUGCUGAUCUAGCGAUGAAAUGA